CGGGCGGAGUUAAAUAGGCUAGGUGCCGCGCACAUACCCGCACAUGAGCUCCACUCCACGCCAGCAAACACCGGGUUUUUAAAACUUCCACCUAUCUUUCAUUUGAAACAACACUGACGUACUUUCUACUUAUCCCGUGUUGCGUUCAAGGCCUCAAGGAAUGCCCAGAGAGCUGACCCAGAACAGGAUCCAAAAGAUCUGGGUUCCUAGCAAGGAUGACAAGCCGGUGGCCGGCGCCCCUCACUUCGCCAAACCCCCCGCCGUCAUCGUGAUGGUCGGCCUGCCAGCUCGAGGCAAGACCUACAUAUCCAGGAAACUCACACGCUACCUCAACUGGAUCGGCACGCCCACUAAAGUGUUCAACGUGGGGGAGUACCGCAGGGAGGCGGUCAAGAACUACAGCUCCUACGACUUCUUCAAGUGCGAUAACGAAUGCGCUUUGAAGAUCCGACAACAAUGUGCCUUAGCGGCCUUGAGGGACGUCAAGUCCUACCUGCACGACGAAGGAGGACAAGUAGCGGUCUUCGACGCGACAAACACAACGAGGGAAAGGAGAGAGAUGAUCCUCCAGUUCGGCCGCGAGAAUGGCUUUAAGAUCUUUUUCAUCGAGUCCGUCUGCGACGACCCUAGCGUGAUCGCAUCCAACAUCAUGGAAGUGAAGGUGUCCUGUCCAGACUACAAAGACUGCAACAAGACCGAUGCCAUGCUGGACUUCCAAAGGAGAAUCGAAUGUUACAAAGCAAGCUACCAACCUCUAGACCCUGACGAGCACGACCGAGAUCUAUCCUUCAUCAAGGUGAUAGACGUGGGCCGCCGCUUCCUGGUCAACCGCAUCCAGGACCACAUCCAGAGCAAGAUGGUGUACUACCUGAUGAACAUCCACGUCCAGCCGCGCACCAUCUACCUGUGUCGACACGGAGAGAGCGCGGACAACCUGGAGGGGCGACUAGGGGGCGACGCCGGCCUCUCGCCGAGGGGCAGACAAUUUUCUGCCGCCUUGGCUGGCUUUGUGGAGGAGCAGCAGCUGAAGAAUCUAAAGGUGUGGAGCAGCCAGCUGCGUCGCAGCAUCCAGACCGCCGAGCACUUGGGGGUCCCGUACGAGCAGUGGAAGGCCCUUAAUGAGAUCGAUGCGGGCGUGUGCGAGGAGAUGACCUACGAUGAAGUGAAAGAGAAAUUCCCUGAAGAGUUCGCCCUGAGGGAUGAAGAUAAAUACUACUACCGCUACCCAGCCGGAGAGUCCUACCAGGACCUGGUCCAGAGGGUCGAGUCUGUCAUCAUGGAGCUGGAGCGUCAGGAGAAUGUUCUGGUCAUCUGUCACCAAGCUGUCAUGCGCUGCCUGCUCGCUUACUUCCUGGAUAAAAGUGCAGAGGAGAUGCCCUACCUGAAGUGUCCUCUUCACACGGUGCUGAAGCUCACACCUGUGGCCUAUGGCUGCAAGGUGGAGUCCAUCUCCCUCAAAGUGGAGGCAGUCAACACCCACAGAGAGAGACCACAGGAGGUGAAGAGGGGUCCAGGUACUUUGAUCCGUAGGAACAGUGUGACCCCGCUGACCAGCCCAGAGUCCAACAUUAAGAAACCUCGCAUAGACGACAUGGAUGAAGCCCCCAUUAAGGAGCUGCCUCACUCGCUGGCCUCGAUGGCACUUUGUAGCCCCACACACCUGACUGGCCAGGACCUGCGGAGACAUUCCUGUGGUCGCCAUGACGUCCCUCAGACCUGCCAAUGAGGAGACACGCUUCAGUCAAAAGGAGGACAGGACAAAAAGACUUUGAAAACAAACGGACGAUAUCUUAACUUGUUAUGAUUUGUCGUCUGGUGGAUCCAAAGAUGACAUUCAACAAUCAUCACUUUCAUGCCUAUUAUAUUUCUAUUGUCAUUCAAUUAACAUGAUUGUAUUUCAUUAUCGUUGCUGUGUGAGGGCGGAGUCACACCGUUCAAGUAAAAUGAUUUUGCACAUGCGGAAUGCAUUUUGACAUUUUUGAUGUCACACUGUCUGUGAUGUUUCAUGAAAGCUGGGCGCUGCCAUAGUGCCUGUAGUGCUUGUUUUGCAAGCCUAUUUCUUUACAUAUUUAUUUGAUGAUAUCAUAUUCCCACAUAUUUAUUUGAUGGCAUAUUCUCACAUUAUUCAACACACGCACUUCUUAUUCAGGAGCUACUAAACUAGCACACAUAAAAACAUGUUCUUAAAAGAGUUUUGCUGUCAUGGUUGGCUACGCACAAAUGUACAAACUUCUAUUUUUGUCCUGCUAAAGUAAGAAUAUGAAGAUGUAAAUACGAUGACUUUCUACCAACAUGGAGGCACAGGAAAGAAGAAAGAAAUUUCUGGACUUGGUUGGAGUUACUACUUGAAAAGUGUUUUUUUUUGUAAACUGUUUUAUGAAAUAUUUGUUGUGUUGACCAAUAAAC